AUGGAGGUGGAUGCAGACGAGAAGCGCCAUCGCACACGCUCCAAAGGUGUUCGAGUUCCCGUGGAACCAGCCAUACAAGAGCUGUUCAGCUGUCCCACUCCUGGUUGCGAUGGCAGUGGUCAUGUUAGUGGCAAAUAUGCAAGGCACAGAAGUGUUUAUGGAUGUCCUUUGGCGAAAAAAAGAAAAACACAAGAUAAGCAACCUCAAGAACCAGCUCCCAAAAGAAAACCCUUUGUGGUUAAAGCAGACAACUCUUCAGUAGAUGAGUGCUAUGAAACUGAUGGAACAGAGGAGAUGGAUGAAAAGGAAGAGGAAGAAGAGGAAGAGGAUGAAGAAGAGGAGGAAUAUUCUGAUGAUAAUGAGGAGCAAGGUGAUGAGGAGGAGGAUGAUGAAGAGGUAGAUAGAGAAGAAGAAGAGGAGAUCGAAGAAGAAGAGGAGGAGGAUGAAGAGGAAGGUGAAGAUGUAGAGGAUGAAGAGGAGGAGGAAGAAGAGGAGGAGGAAGAAGAGGAGGAGGAGGAAGAACAAGACCAUCAAAUGAAUUGUCACAAUACUCGAAUAAUGCAAGACACAGAAAAAGACGAUAACAAUAAUGAUGAGUAUGAUAAUUACGAUGAACUGGUGGCCAAGUCAUUGUUAAAUCUUGGCAAAAUUGCAGAGGAUGCAGCAUACAGAGCCAGGACAGAAUCAGAAAUGAACAGCAAUACAUCUAAUAGUCUGGAAGAUGAUAGUGACAAAAAUGAAAAUAUUGGUCGGAAAAGUGAGCUGAGUUUAGAUUUAGACAGUGAUGUUGUUAGGGAAACAGUGGACUCCCUUAAAUUAUUAGCACAAGGACAUGGUGUAGUGCUUUCAGAAAACAUUAAUGACAGAAAUUAUGCAGACAGUACUUCACAGCAAGAUAAUAGGAACAUGAACUUUGUAAUGUUAGGGAAGCCUGUGAACAAUGGACUUGCAGAAAAAAUGGUGGAGGAGAGUGAUGAAGAGGUGUGUCUCAGCAGUUUGGAGUGCUUAAGGAACCAAUGUUUUGAUCUGGCUAGGAAACUCAGUGAGACAAACCCACAGGAAAGAAAUCAACAGCAAAACAUGAACACUCGUCAGCAUGUCAGGCAAGAAGAUGACUUCCAAGGAAGAACACCAGACCGGAAUUACUCUGAUAUGAUGAACUUAAUGAGACUUGAAGAACAGUUGAGCCCCAGAUCUAGGACUUUUUCUAGCUGUGCAAAGGAGGAUGGUUGUCACGAAAGAGACGAUGAUACCACCUCAAUUACUUCAGAUAGGUCUGAAGAAGUGUUUGAUAUGACAAAAGGUAACUUAACCCUGCUUGAGAAAGCAAUUGCUUUGGAAACUGAGAGAGCAAAAGCCAUGAGAGAAAAAAUGGCAGUGGAAGCUGGAAGGAGGGAUAAUAUGAGAUCAUUUGAGGAACAGUCUCCAAGACACCUUUCUGGAGAUGACAGGAAGCCUAAACCCAGUGACGGCCAUGUCAAAAAGCCAUAUUAUGGUAAAGAUCCCUCAAGAACAGAAAAGAAAGAAAGCAAAUGUCCUACCCCUGGGUGUGAUGGAACUGGCCAUGUAACGGGGCUUUACCCCCAUCACCGCAGUUUGUCAGGAUGCCCACACAAAGAUAGGGUCCCUCCAGAAAUUCUUGCCAUGCAUGAAAAUGUUCUUAAGUGUCCUACACCAGGCUGCACAGGCCGGGGCCACGUAAAUAGCAACAGGAAUUCCCACCGAAGCCUCUCUGGAUGUCCUAUUGCUGCAGCAGAGAAACUGGCUAAAGCUCAAGAGAAGCAUCAGAACUGUGAUGUGUCAAAAUCAAACCAGGCAUCAGAUCGGGUUUUAAGGCCCAUGUGCUUUGUUAAGCAAUUGGAGAUCCCUCAGUAUGGCUACAGAAACAAUGUCCCCACCACCACACCCCGCUCCAACUUGGCCAAGGAACUAGAGAAAUACUCUAAGACUACGUUUGAAUAUAACAGUUAUGACAACCAUGCCUAUGGCAAGAGAGCCAUAGCUCCCAAGGUGCAAUCCAGGGAUAUAUCCCCCAAAGGAUAUGAUGCUAAACGCUACUGUAAGAAUUCCAGUCCAACCAGCAGCACAACAAGCAGUUAUGCCCCUAGCAGCAGCAGCAAUAUGAGUUGUGGUGGAGGCAGCAGUGCCAGCAGUACCUGCAGCAAGAGCAGCUUUGACUAUACUCAUGACAUGGAGGCAGCGCACAUGGCUGCUACUGCUAUUCUGAAUCUCUCCACUCGCUGCAGGGAGAUGCCUCAGAACCUCUCCACUAAGCCUCAGGAUCUCUGUGCGAGGAAUCCUGAUAUGGAAGUCGAUGAAAAUGGGACGCUGGAUCUAAGCAUGAACAAGCAGAGGCAGCGAGAUGGUUGCUGUACCAUUUUGACACCACUGGAGCCAAUGUCCCCGCAGCGGCAAGCCGUGAUGAAUAACCGGUGUUACCAGCUGAAUGAGGGGGACUGCUGGGACUUGCCAGUGGACUACACUAAAAUGAAGCCCAGCAGGAUAGAUGAAGAUGAUUCCAAAGAGAUUAAUCCAGAAGAUUUGGAUCCUUUCCAAGAGGCACUUGAAGAAAGAAGGUAUCCUGGUGAAGUUACAAUCCCAAGUCCCAAACCCAAAUACCCUCAAUGCAAAGAGAGCAAAAAGGAUUUAAUAACUUUAUCUGGCUGUCCUUUGGCUGACAAAAGCAUUCGAAGUAUGCUGGCCACAAGCUCACAAGAACUCAAGUGUCCCACCCCUGGAUGUGAUGGCUCUGGGCAUAUUACUGGAAAUUACGCUUCUCAUCGAAGUCUUUCAGGCUGCCCACGAGCAAAGAAAAGUGGAAUCAGGAUAGCACAAAGCAAGGAAGACAAAGAAGACCAAGAGCCAAUUAGAUGUCCAGUUCCUGGUUGUGAUGGUCAGGGUCAUAUAACUGGAAAAUAUGCAUCCCAUCGCAGUGCGUCAGGGUGUCCCCUAGCUGCCAAAAGGCAAAAGGAUGGGUACCUAAAUGGCUCACAGUUCUCUUGGAAAUCAGUGAAGACGGAAGGAAUGUCAUGUCCAACCCCCGGGUGUGAUGGCUCAGGACAUGUCAGUGGUAGUUUUCUUACUCAUCGUAGUUUAUCAGGAUGCCCCAGAGCUACUUCAGCAAUGAAGAAAGCAAAGCUGUCUGGAGAACAAAUGCUAACAAUAAAGCAGCGGGCUAGUAAUGGUAUAGAAAAUGAUGAAGAAAUUAAACAGUUAGAUGAAGAAAUCAAAGAACUAAAUGAGUCCAACUCCCAGAUGGAAGCUGAUAUGAUUAAACUGAGAACUCAGAUUACCACAAUGGAGAGCAACCUGAAGACGAUAGAAGAGGAGAACAAAGUAAUUGAACAGCAAAAUGAGUCUCUUCUUCAUGAAUUGGCCAAUUUAAGCCAGUCUUUAAUUCAUAGUCUAGCUAAUAUCCAGCUGCCACAUAUGGAACCAAUCAAUGAACAAAAUUUUGAUGCUUACGUGACCACUUUGACGGACAUGUAUACAAAUCAAGAUCGUUAUCAGAGUCCAGAAAAUAAAGCCCUACUGGAAAAUAUAAAGCAGGCUGUGAGAGGAAUUCAGGUCUGA